CAGUGCGCCACAGUUCGCCGAUACCCGUCACACCUAUCGUGCAGAGGCCUCAUGAACUCCUUUUCUUCCCUUCCCACACCGAUACAGUCCUCCCAGUUCGUAACGAUGAGUCUGGUGGUUCCCCUAUUGAAGCGAUGCUCCCAAAUCUCACGACAUACAUCACCAAGGACGACGAAUAUCCUGUUGCUCAUGGCGGGUUCGGAGACAUCUGGAAAUGCACCUAUUCCAUAGAUAGGAGACAGAUCAAAGUUCGUUCGCAAUAUUCUGUUUCUCCAUCAUCCAAAAUUGACAAUUGUGCAGGUUGCAGUGAAAACAUUGCGUGUGAACACUGCUGAUCAACUUGGUCCAGCGAAGACGAAGAAGAUCAAGAGGAUAAUGCGUGAACUCAGAAUAUGCGCGAAUCUGAACCACAAAAAUGUUCUCCCCAUUUAUGGUUAUACUUAUGGCUUUGGCCCAUUUAUUGCACUGGUCAGCCCUUGGGCGGAGAAUGGAAACCUGAUGGGCUAUUUAGAGUGUGUGGGUGCGGAUCUUACUGUCCUUCGACGAUUCCAGAUCCUCAGGGAUAUCAUAACUGGUCUCCAAUAUCUUCACGCCAACAGUGUCAUCCAUGGAGACUUCACUGCUCCUAAUGUACUCAUCCAUGGUGAUGGUACUGCGUGUGUUGCCGACUUCGGUCUCUCCUUGAUGUAUUCGGAGGUCAUAAGUACCUCUCAGGCUUCCUGGACGUCCACGCUCAACGGCAAUGCACGAUGGAUGGCUCCCGAGCUGCUCGCAGAGCGGGACGAUGGGUCUCCAGCACGGCCGAGCGAGCAGAGCGACAUAUAUUCAUUCGGCGGCAUCAUGUUGCAGGUCCUCACCAAUAGUACUCCCUAUUAUUACCUCCGGAAUGAUCUCGCCAUCAUAUGGGCUAUGCAGAAGUCAGAGAUACCUUCCCGAUCGCGUUAUCCUCUGCUGCCCGACAAAUACUGGGAGUUUAUUGAGAAAUGUUGGUCUACUGAUCCGCGGAACCGUCCAUCGACAGAGGCAGCUGAGGGAGUAAUCAGGAAUGAAUAUUAUGCGCUAUCCAGAUCUCCUUGAUUCUUGAACUGCCUUUAAUACAAUCAUGUGUUUACGGUACAACGAAUUGGAUAGCUAGCUCGGUAUGCUACUCAGGUUUAGCAAAUGUAGGCCCUGCCCCCCCGCCAUUUUGAGGUAAGAGCUCGAGACUAAACGUUUCUUGGGGAAAACGAACCAGCAGCUACA